GUAUUUCCCACAAUAACAUCCCAGGUCGAACACACUGACGCUGUCAUUUUGCCUCUGACCCCUCCACUCUCCUCUCCUCUCUCUCCCUCCCUCUCUCCCUCAUUCUGUCUCUAGCUGCCUGGUCCGGACCGAGGACGAACACCUUCUGGUUUCAGAUCCUGUCAUCCCCUCUGAUUGAUCAGACAUGAAGAAAUACAUCACAGGAGGCCCAGUGAAAGUACAAAUGAUGUAUAUAGAGCUUCUGGUGUUGGUGGGAGUCUUCGGUCUGAGUCGUGGUGCCAUUCAGAGACCAGACUAUGACGACACCCCAAAACCGGAGUUCCUUAAUCCGUCCUGGAUGGCGAGCAUCCCUGACGAUCAGCCGCUGUCUGAGGUCACCAUGCCGGGGACACACAACACCAUGGCCCUGUAUGGCGGUGUGUACGCCGAGUGUCAGACCUGGAGCCUGGCCUGCCAGCUCAGAGCGGGCGUCCGCUUCCUGGACGUCCGGGUCCGUCAUGUCAAAGGGAACCUCACCAUCCACCACGGGGUGUCUUAUCAGCGGGCGCACUUUGGACACGUGCUGGAGGGUGUGGCUGAGUUCCUUCAAGAGUUCCAGAGUGAGACAGUGCUGAUGAGGGUGAAGGAGGAGUUCAGCGAGACGUAUGACAUCUACGGAGCUGUGGUCGAUCACAUCCACCGCUACGCCCACUGGGACCUGCUGUGGCACAGCCGGCUUGUGCCCACCAUGGCAGAGGCCCGAGGGAAGCUCAUCAUCCUGCAAGACUUUUCUGGACCAGAUCUGGGGAUGCGCUACGGUUCUCUGGACAUAGCUGAUGACUGGAAGGUUCCAACACUCCUUCAUGUGGAGGAGAAAUGGCAGAGUGUCUAUGAUCACCUGGAAGCUGCACCCACAGGAAACAAAGGCCAGGUUUUUCUCACCUUCAGCAGUGGGGCCGGUGUGUUCGCGUACCCCAGAGCCGUCGCUCAGCGCGUAAACCCGCAGCUGUACGACUACCUGAGGGCCAAGACGGAUCUCAACCAGAGGCUUGGAAUCAUUUGCAUGGACUUUCCUGCAUCUCCCAUGAUUCAAAUGAUCAUCGAUUUCCAGCUAAAAGAGGUCAUCAAGAGAAGACAGGCCUUUCAAUCAGUCCCUAACAAGUUAAGUUUAAAAUAUAGAAUUUCUUCACUAAGAAAGAUGAUGAAAAAUAAAGCUGUAAACGUCUGAGCCAAAAUCACUGUAGUGAAUUACAGAUGCAACCAAAGAUACUGUAUACAAAAUGAAUGAAGUUUUCUGCAGGAAUAAACUGCUGUUUAAACUUUCAAAGUGUGUUUUAAUUGCUGCUUUGAAACAUUUUGACAAUCAACAUCAUCAGAGAGAGCAUUAGGAACCUUUAGUGAAGUCAAUUGAUUUAGAAAAACAACAAUAAUCUGGAAGUGUUUUGCUGACUUUACAAAGCUUUUUGGUUUGUUGAGUGGCUGGAAGUAGUCACAUUUCUUUGACACAGGGUGGCAGUGCAACUUCUUGGGUGUGCUUGUUGUUUGUGUCGACAGCUGCCUGGUAGCACACAAUUGUCAACCUUUGCAUCACAAACUCACUUCAACUGUAACAUAGCUUUUUUCAAAUCUCCAGCUGCCGGCUUCAUUCUUAAUCUAUCAGACAGACGGAUAGUUUCCCCUCAGCUCUACUAUCUUUGCAUGGUAUGCUGUUGCCUUUAAACAUUGAUAAAUAAUGAAAUGUUACCUCUACACUAUUAAAGGGACUAAACAUCCAUUUACAAGUCUUGAGUUUCUCCUUCAAGAGGCUCAAACACUGCCCCAAGUGAUCUCUUUACUUUCUAUCACUUGAGGCAGUUUUUUGUUUGGGCUUUGAGAAGAAAACUUCUCUCUUCUGUUUGAGGCUAGCUGCUCAAGACGACACAAGCAACAACUACCACACUGCUAGAAUCUUUCAACUGUGGACGGGCCAGUUGCAUUUUUGGUAAUGUAGCUUUUGAUUAGGAAGAAAGGUUGCCGUAAAAGAAGACAAAAUAUAUGUUUCUGUUGCAAGGAUUGAGAUGCUUUAAAAAACUGGAACACGGUAACAGAAGUGCCACAUUUAAGUAUCCUUUGAGUAUCCUUUAAUUUGACAUCAACAGAAGCCAUCUUUCUUUUGCAAGUCCCAACACUUUUAAAGUUGUGCAAUACCGAAUCUUAGAAGUCCUCUUUCAAGAUGGUUCAAUUCACAUCACAGCUGGAUUUCAGUCUUACUUUCCGACAUGCAGUUUCUAUUUAAAGGUUUGAUCAAUAAUAAAUAUGAGACCCUUUUUUAGAAAUCAUUUGAGUAUUUUGCAUCAUUUAUUUCAGCAGUAUUGCAUAUCUACUAAUAGCUGAAUGGAAAGCAAAAUCAUUAUCAACCACAAGCAGCUGCUUUGAAAGAAAUUGUAAAUGACAAACUGCGUGGUAAAAAACGCUCCCUGUGGGUCUAAUGAGUUCUGAUAAUACAGUAUUUACUCUGCAAAGGCAAAUGCAUUGCCUAGUCUUUUCUACACCUGACUAUCCCUCAUUUUGCCCCGUGCUUUCCCAGUAUCACUUUUAAUUUACUUCAAUGAAUUGCAAAAUGUUACAUUUAAAAGAAGAAGUAUGGUUUGCUAUCGCUAACACAUGAGAACAUGUGAUUGGUUGUGUGGUUAAAAAAACUCACUUUGCAUGCAGAAUGCCAGUCAGAUAACAGAGUUUGAUUUUUAUCAUGAUUUCCUCCUUGUUAAAAUGCACAGAGUGUUGCGAAACGGUUGUUGUAAUGUGGGCUUGUGACAAAAUGUGUCCACAUCCUGUCCAAACAGCAAAUGAUGUUAGAGUUGAGAGACUUUGUUAAAGAUAGGUGACGGCUCAUGCAUAGCGCUACGCUCACUUGGUGAAUACUGGAAGAAGAAAAAAGGCGUCAAAGUGCCUCGGAUCAAAGAUAAACAGAUAUGGAAGAGUCUCAACAGGUUGAAUUCAGGCCUCAAAGCGCCGUUCUGAUUUCAACAGUAGUUCUGAUCAACAUUAUGUGGUGGGUGGCUAUGAUAGCCUCCAUUGCUCUUGGGGCUACACAUCUGCACAACUGUCCACUUCAGCCCAACAUCCCCAUCUACCUGAUUGUGUUUGGAGUGACCAGCAUCCUCUCUCUAACUCUGACCUCCUUCAGCAAGAGAUGGGAGAGGAACAGCUGCACCUCCAUCCUGAUAACGUCCUGCAUGACCCUCCUGCACCUCUUCAAUUUGGCCUGGUUCAUCGCAGGCACCUGCUGGGUUUAUCCUAUAUACCCCCCCAACUACACACGUGGAGCUCCGUACUGUCACAAGACAACCUACCAGAUUGCCUUCAUUUUCACCACCCUGGUGUGGGUCGCUAUAGCUUGUACAUUCAUCUGUGGUUGUUGCGUCGCUCUGCUGGCAUGCUGUGGGACUGUCACAGUAAGACACAGGUUGAUACCCAACCGCAGCUCUUUCUAUGGUGCAACUAGGGAUUCUUCUGCUGCUGGUGAUGUGUGAUUUAAACCUUUGUUUUUGUUUUUUUAAAUGUUAAACAAAUUCGUCGUAACAAAUAGUUUGACAAGAGUGGAAUAUUUUACUGAUUCUGCUACUGCUCAGGAUUCUUUUCAUUAUUGUGUUAAUGUUGGUUUUUGUUAAUUUCCAUAGUACAGUGUGUGCACAAAGAUGUAAACUGCUACAAGAUUGUUAUCUCUGAAUGGUUCCUGUUAACACUUGAGUCAGUGCCUUGAGUCACUCAAGACUUGAGUUUUAUUUUUGUAACAUUUUAUUCAUUUUGUGUAUUUGUCUUUUUUCCGUCUAUCAGCUCUGUCCAUUUUAAUUAGACUAGUUGUUUCCGACAGAUCACUGUAUAGGGCUAGUCUGCUGAAACAGAACAACUAUGUGUCAUCACGUACUUCCUGUUUACACCCAAAUCUAACAGUUAGUGUUUGAGAAAAUACUUUGUAAGAUAGCCGUGUUCAUUGGCAGCUAAUACUUGAGUUUUGCCACUUUAAAUAAAGAAAAGCUGACUUUGA